GGUCGAUCAGAGCAGAAAUGACCCCAACCAGCUGCACCCUUGCUCAAGGCCAGCGCCCCCACCCCCACGAGGAGAGGGGCUGAGCCUGCAAGGAGUGGGGGUGGGGCAGCAGACCCUGCGGGAGGCUCCUGGGGGGGCUGAGGCAGGAGGUCACCCCGCCCCCCCCAGCAGAUGUGGACAAUAGGUUCUCAGGGUAAGCUAAGGACUAGUUUACCCAGCACAGUGUGCCCCCCUGCUCCCGGGGGAGGCGGGCUGUGGUCAUGUGACCGGAGGUCUGGUUAGCUCUGCCCUAGACAAUGCUGUUUUAGCCAAACAGUAACCACCUCCGGGGCCAGCCAGAAAACCCCGCGGAGCGGGGGUUUCCUUACAGAAAGCCCAGGGGCAAGGCGCAGGGCGGAGAGACGCCCGUCCGCUCCCGGGAGGCCCAGCCCCGCGUCGUCUGCCGCCCGCCGGCCGCCGCGGGCUCCGGGACAGCCAUGGGGCAGGGCGUGAGCAUGGACAGCCGCCAGUGCUCUGGAGCUCUGCGGCAGCUCUUGACGGCGCGAGGAGUCAGCGUGGCGGAAGACGAGCUCCAGGGCUUCCUGGCCGCGGUCCCCAAGUACAACCCGUGGUUCGCGGAGCACUCACGUCUAGACCGCCGCGAGUGGGAGAGGGUCGGGGAGACGUUAAAAGAGACGCGGGGCCGCGCACACAAGGACGCCCUGGCCGUGUGGACACAGGUGACCUUAGCCCUGGAGCCGCUGUGGGGGGCCCCGGCCGGCCCGGACGGAGAGCAGGCGGUGCCCGGUGCGCCCGCCGCUCCCUCUGCGCCCGCCGCGCCCGCCGCUCCCGCCGCGCCCGCCGCGCCCGUGGAGACGCCUCUGCAGAGGGCGCUGCGGGAAGGCUGGCAGGACAUGGACGUGGAGGACAUGCUGGCGUUCCUCGCCGUGGCGCGGCCAGCGCCCGGGACUCCUGUUGAUUUCAGAAUGAUCAAGGCGCUGCGGGAGAGCGUGGCUGAGAACGGCCCCCGCGCCCCCUUCACCAUCUCCCUGGUGGAGGCUGUGUCGCGGUUCCCGCUCCCUCCUAACGACUGGUUUCAGCUGGCGCGGGCCUGUCUCAAGCCUUGGGACUUUGUGCUUUGGAAGAGCGAAUACUCGGAUCAGGCUCAGGACCAAGCGAGGCAGAACAAGAGGCUAGGCGUGAACAUCUCCUUCGACAUGCUCAUGGGGUCGGGCCGGUAUCUGGGCCUGGCUCCUCAGGCCAGCAUGCCGGCCGAGGCCUACGAGCAGAUUGGAGAGUGUGCUUGCCGCGCCUGGUCGGCCUUGCCGGCCCAGGGACGGGAAGAGUUAGCCGGCAGCUUCGUCAAAUGCCUUCAAGGCCCCAAGGAGCCGUUCUCGGACUUUGUGGACCGGCUGGCGCGGCGGUUACGGAGACAGGUGGGUCACCCCUCUGUGGAGGAGUUCCUGCUGAGGCACCUGGCUUACGAGAACGCCAACGGGGACUGCAGACGGGCUCUGGAGUCCCUGCCAGACGCCCGGACGCUGCCCGAGAUGAUCCGCGCCUGCCAGGACGUGGGCACCGCCACGCAUCAGGCUCAGGUGUUCGCGGCUGCGCUCACAGAGGCUCUGCGCGUUUGUUUCCAGUGUGGGAAGAGCGGCCACCUGCAAGCCCAGUGUAGACAGCCGUCAAAGACAGCGCCCGGGCCCCGCCGGCCCAAGCCUGCUGCGGCUCGGAAGUCCCCGAGACGAGGUGGGGCAGGCCCUGCACUGUGCCCUCGCUGUGAAAAAGGAAACCACUGGGCGAGUCAGUGUAGGUCACGGCUUCACAAAGACGGACGGCCCCUUCCGGAGCGGCAGGUGCAGGGCCCGCAGAGCCCACGCCCGCAGAGCCCACCCACGCUGGAGCCAAAGACGCGCCCACGGCAGGGAGUGCCGGCCUCAGGGUGACUGCCGAGGGACACAAGGCCGCUCUUCUUCAGCCAAUGGGAUCCACAGCGUGGACCCCGCCCCGCGUCAGCGCCCCGCUGGAGCAGGCAGCACCCACCCCACUCCCCACCUGCACUCGGUCGGGACCGAUGGGACCAGGACGGAAGCCUCGGCCGUUCCAGCUCCGUUUCCGCCAGCAGGUGGAGUCAGAUUUACCCCUUACCCCUGCCUUCUUGCAAGGGACCAGCUCAGCGCCACACCCUGUCCUGUUCCCCACCCCCACCCCGCACUCUUGUCCAGGUGCAAAAGCCCGGGAAGAGCCUGGAAGCAGCAGCUCCCCUCUGCGCGCUGACCCCCAGCCCCUCCUGACCCCGGGCCGUAGCCCACCCCGAGCCCCACCCUGCGCUGUAUGAGCCCCAGCCCACUCAGCACCAGCUCUCUGCCCCCUGCUCACUCUGUGUCCAGCUGUGAAUUUAUUUCUCUUUCCCAAUAAAUCUGUCUUGGCUGA